UCCGAGUUCCAACAUAAUAUAACAAUUAUUAACCUUUAAAUCAACUACAACUAGAAGCCAUGCCUAAUGGUAAAGAAAUCCUAAGCAAAGUUAAGGAACAAGUUUGGAAUUAUAUUUUAGGUGGGGACUUUCAUCAUGGAUAGUUUGCAGGAAAAGAUUGGGUUGAGUCCCUCUGGAUCUUCUGUAGAAACAGGGAAAGGAAAGAGCAAGUUGUCAAAGCAUGUUACACAUGGCUAUCACACAGUCAAGGGUAAAUCGGCUCAUCCUAUGGAGGAUUAUGUUUUCGCAGAGUUCAAGCAGGUGGAAGAUAAUGAGCUUGGUUUGUUUGCAAUAUUUGACGGUCAUCUUAGUCAAGACGUUCCUGAUUAUUUGAGAUCUCAUUUGUUCAACAACAUACUGAAAGAGCCUGAUUUUUGGAGCGAGACUGAAAAUGCCGUCAGAAGAGCAUAUCGGAUAACUGAUGACAAAAUUUUGGAAAAAUCAGCUGAUUUGGGAAAAGGUGGCUCAACUGCAGUUACCGCAAUUCUUAUUAAUUGCCAAAAGCUGGUCGUGGCAAACCUUGGUGACUCUAGGGCUGUCAUUUGCCGGAAUGGAAAGGCGAAACAGUUAUCAGUUGACCAUGAACCAGAUAGUGAGAGGAAAGAUAUCGAGGAUCGGGGUGGCUUUGUUACCAAGUUCCCAGGGGAUGUGGCGCGUGUUGAUGGACAACUAGCUGUAGCAAGAGCAUUUGGCGACAAGACCAUAAAGCGCCAUCUUAGUUCGGAGCCCCACAUUACUGUUGAGAUGAUUGACGAUGAUUCUGAAUUUGUUAUCUUGGCUAGUGAUGGGAUAUGGCAUGUAAUGAGCAAUCAAGAAGCGGUCGAUUGUGUUAAGAGUGUGAAGGAGGCUCGAUCAGCUGCGAAAGCUCUAAUCGAGGAAGCUUUGAAAAGGAACAGUACUGACGAUAUCUCCGUAGUAGUUGUGAACUUCAACUGAACUUUCUUAUUGUAUUGACAAAAAUUGCCUAAUGAGCAAUCAAGAAGCGGUUCACCUUGUCUGUUGUAUUGGAUGCAAGGAUGUAACAUUGCCAGUCUUUUAAGCUAUUUCUUGUGAACAUUUUUUUCUUUGUUAUGAGUUUUUUGCUAAUUGUUAUACAAAGUUGAAACACUAUGUCAUGGACUUCUCAUUUUUUAGUACUAACAU